UUGUGGAUUUGCGGGGUGCCGGUGUUUUGGCCAAAACGGCACCGUCCCACUUAACAGCAAAGUUUGCUGUUACUCCUCAACAGCAGAGGAGCUCCACCGCCCUCUAUCUUCUGUGCUUCAGAUCGGAUCCGCAACAACACAGGGUUUGGGGGUCCUUUAAGAAAAGUUAAAGUCAAAGAUCAUGGGUCGUGGAGUUAGCUGUGGCGGGGGACAGAGUUCUCUUGGCUAUCUUUUUGGAAGUGGAGAGGCUCCGAAACCUACCAUCACAAACAAUGCUGAAGCUCCUCAAAACCCGGGACAGGUUGCAAAUAGUGGCCCUCCUCAGAAGCCAGAUGCUGCUGCACCACCAGUAGAUGUUGGUAAACAAAUUCCAGCUGGAAUCCAGGGAAACACUGCAAACAAUUAUUUCCGAGCUGAUGGCCAAAACACUGGCAACUUCCUCACGGAUCGGCCUUCUACUAAGGUCCAUGCCGCUCCGGGUGGUGGAUCUUCACUGGAUUACCUGUUUGGUGGUAGUGGCGGCAGCAACUAAUGCCCGGUGCCUUCAAGGAUGACACUGCUCACUGUUUGUCUGGGCCCCAUAUAAGUUUGGGACACAAUACUUCUGCUUUAGUUACUGCAGACAUCCUAAAAUUGAAUGGAAUUUAUUGCCUGUCUUCCAUUUAUUAAAGAGAAUCCUUCUUUACUACUGUGUUGGAAUGCAUGUUCUGAUUUACAAGUCAGAUCUAGAGUGACGAUAAAUACUCAUUUGUAAAAUUCUUCGGAUUGGGGUAUUAGUUUUGCCAAAAUAGAAGUGAAGUAACUAUCAUUUAUCUUUUCCAUACUGCGCUAUAAAUGAGAUCAUUG